AUGUCUCCGUAUUCACCAAAGAAGAGCAAGGGUCUGGCCCCAGAUGAAGCUUCCGCUGUCCUACGAGUCUGUCUUCUUCAUCGCAAUAUACGAGAAUACAUCGGGUCUGCUCUCAAGCUGCAAUUACAGAUUCAAUCAUCACUAUCACAUGAAACCGAAUUUCUGGGCACACCAAAGAUCGUGGAAGAGCAAGAUAAAUCACUGUCGGAGGCUGGAGCACUUCUCGUGGAGACGGCGGAUUUAGCUGGGGUAUUGAUAGAUCAGAUGGACAAGGUUUAUCAAACUUAUCAAAAGUCGCCACAUCCUCAAGUAGUCCCGCCUGAGACAGGUCUCGGAUUGACACUCCUUGUCAAAGCCGCUGCCAGUCAAGAUUUCCGUGGCAUUUCUGCCAAAGCUUCCCACAGAAACCAAGUCGACCUGACCGACGUGCUCGACGAAGUCGAUGCCACAGCCAACGCAAGUUCUCAGGCGCAACUCGGUCCUGAUCUUCCUUUUGGCAGCAACGAUAUAACCCGACCACCCACCACUUCGGAGGACUACGAGGCGUGGAGAAGUCUUGUGAAGAAACAAGCAAGAACUGUCCUCGAUAAUCGGAUGUUGGAAUUUUGCAGCCUCACCACGGCUAUCCUCGAGGUCAUUAACCAACCGGCCAAAUCAGGAAGAACUGCCUCGAAAGACCAGCAAUGUUACUCGCCUUAUUGUUCGGAGGCUACACAAGAGAAGUUGAAGGCUGCUGGAUAUGUCAAAUCCGAGGUUUUUGACAAGUUCAACGAGGACUUGUACUUCGAUAAUCUGUGGUCGAUCGGGCGGCUCAUCGCGCUCAACACGGAUGUGAUCGACGCCAGAAUAGCUAAAAAGAUGUCUGAAGAUACUGCGAUGAUCCUUGCACUUGCUACACUGUGUGAUCACAUGGACACUCUGGCACCAAUCUUCAGUGGCUUAACCGAUUAUUGGAACAAGCAGCUGCCAACGGAUUCUACCACACCUGGCAACACUGCAUCCCUCAUCGCCACUAUCGGCGAAUUUGUAGCCGGUAGUUACAUUUGUUUAGGAGUGGGAGGCAGCACCCAGAGGAAGAACAGUAGCUCAUCGUAUCAAGAGAAUGUUGGAAGAUGGCUAAAGGCCUUGCUAUUCCCAGAAUUGGCUGUCGACAGAACCGGUAGUGCAUGGCGUUUGCCAUGUAUUGAGUGCGGCGAUCGAAAAUUACGACACCCAACCGAGCUUCAAAAUUCGUCGGGUUCGGGAUUGGGUGGACCGAUGAGGCAGGUCACCUUGAAGGAUCGAUUGUCCAUCUCAAAUUACUCGAUUCGAAGGGGAAGUAAAGUCGGAUUCAUGGCUCAAGUUGGACGGAUAGCGUACUAUCCUUGCCUCGUGAUCUUACUUUGUUUCGCAUUCGAUCCCAGUAUCAUGAUCAUCAUUCUGUACUUCUCAACUUUGAUUCACUUCUCCGAUAAGAACAGAAGAGGGAAAAAUUCGAUAAUUCUGUUUGCGGAUAAAUAUAGAUUAGUAGCCAGCUUACCUGAAGAGGAAGAAGUAGAUGAUGAUGAGGAAGAGGACGAGACGUGA